AAGUCGUUGUCGAGCAGUGUGAAGCGAUCUCGUUAUAAGUGAAUAUCGUGGGCAUUUCAUCAGUUAGUCUAUUGUUGCCAAUCCAUCCACUUUGGCCAUUGAUUAAGUAUAUCAGUCGAAACCCUUCUGUACCAGUGCGUAUAAAGGUUUUGACCACAUCGCAAAGCCAAUCGAGUUCUCUCUGACGCUUGUGAACAAAACUCUCUGUUCUGUGGAAAAUUUUCUGUACGCACUUCUGAGAUCAAGAUGAAGAACCUUUUCACCAUCGCCGUUGUCUUUUCCAUGGUCUUCAUGGCCUCCGGAACGCUGAAAUGCACACUGGACCUUCCGCAAGUUCCGACGGAAUGGCUGGACAUGUUCAAGAGCUGCAUUGAAAGCACACGAAAUCAGAUCCAGAAGGAAAUUAAUGCCUCGAUGAAGUAUUUGGCCAUGGCAGCCUAUUUCUCGCGCGACACCGUGAACCGCCCAGGCUUUGCCAAGCACUUUUUCGAGUCAGCAUCGGAGGAGCGCGAACAUGCGAUGAAGCUCAUUGAGUAUCUUCUGAUGCGCGGUGGCUUGAACACCUUCAAUGAGACCAGCCUUGUGACGAACCUCAUCAAAGUGCCGCUGGUGAAGAAGCUGGAGUGGGAUUCGGGCGUGGAGGCUCUGGAGGAUGCGCUGAAACUCGAGGCUGAGGUGACGAAGAGCAUCCGUGAGGUGAUCAGGGAGUGCGAGAAGGACGUGAAUGACUACCAUCUGGUGGACUAUCUCACGGGUGAAUUCCUGGAGGAGCAGUACCAGGGCCAGCGCGAGCUCGCCGGAAAGAUUUCCACCCUGCGCAAGAUGAUGAAGACGCACGGCACAAUUGGGGAGUUCUUGUACGACAAGACGCUGCUGGAGUGAAUCGCGUAGUCGCACGCCAUGUAUCGAUAAAAUAUAUGAAUUUACAAGAUAAUAAAGGAAAGGAAAAGAAGUAGAAUGCUGAAAUGACUGUGAUGAGCCAGCCAUUCUCGGGAUUAUCGUAAUCUAAUCACUGUUUGAUCCAUUUUACAUAUUCUCAAUUAUUUGUUUACGAUUAGAAGUGAUGUGUAAUUAAGUUUUCAAUAAACUGUAGGCGGAGAAAGUG